AUGCUAUUUGGUAGACGUUUCAAGUUACUGACGGAUCACAAACCGUUGCUGACCAUAUUUGGUUCACAUAAAGGUAUCCCGGCAACUACAGCCAGCCGUCUACAGAGAUGGGCUCUAUCCUUACUGGCCUACGGUUUUAGCAUCCAUUACCAAUCGAUCACAGGUUUUGGGCAAGCCGAUGUGUUGUCUCGGUUAAUUGCGGAUCAUCCAGCAGACAACAACGAGACAGUGAUUGCUAGUGUUAAAGUGGAUCGGGAAAUCAAUCGGGUAAUUCUCGACACCGCGAAAUCCCUACCAGUCUCGCUAAAAUCCAUCCAACAGCACACAUCGCAGGAUGCCGUACUACGUAAGGUGAUGAAGCCCGUGAAAGAAGGUUGGCCAUCGAGGGUAUCAGAUGCAGAACUCAUCCCCUAUCACCGGUGUCAAAACAGCUUAUCAAUCGUUGACUCGUGUUUGCUUUUCGCUGAACGUGUAGUUGUUCCCUCAGCUUUACAACGGCCCAUUCUCACCCAACUUCACAAAGGCCAUCAAGGAAUCACCCGCACCAAAGCAUUAGCUAGAAGUUACGUGUAUUGGCCAGGGAUGGAUGAUGAUAUCUCACACCUGUGUAGGCGCGGCCAAAAAGCUGAACGUGAAAUUCCGGAUGCAGUGAAGUAUCGCCCAACAUUCUGUGCCGACAGUGACAUCAAACAGGACACAUUUGCCGGCGUGACAACACCAGCUUACAACUUAUCUGCGGGAUACACUGUCAUUGUCAGUUUACCCGAUGAAGGUGAUCUACGCUUCGCGGAGCUUCUAUUCGCCGAUGAUCAAGGUAGUGGUGACUGUGACCUCGGUAUCCGAUGCACUUCUGGACGAUGCAAGUUGCAAAUCUCCCGCGAAGGUUCCAUAAUGGAAAUGAAUAUCCCGCAUUAUCAAGCUGAAGGAUUGUAUAAACCCAUCGAGUACCCCCCAAAAACUGGUCGCCUCAACCUCAUCCUCAUUGUGGGUUCGUUCGAGAUCACACGCAAUAUAGUGUUUCAACCUAUCAUCAUAUUACGCAAUUCGAUUCGUGUAGCGGAUGGUGCCUUGCCUCUCGACCCUAAUCGCAAGGUGUUUCGCACUUGCGGUACCCGAGCCACAAUCGAAAGGAGUGAAAACACGUGGGUCAAGAUUCUUAACUGGCCGGCUUACGAGCUGAUUGGUCCAUCGGUCGAACGAGCGAAGGAGGCGUAUGCGCACCUCAUUCUUCCGUGCAACGAGUCAUUCAGCGGGAUUCCAUACAGCGCAUCUGGGCAACCCUUGCCCUUGCCAGUGCAGUCGAAUUACGAAAGACGAAUCUACUUCUCACAAACGGGUGCUCUGUGCAGUCAGGAAUGCGAACUGUCCCGUUCAAAUAUUCUCAAUGGUAAAUUAACUCUAACUUGUGCCACAGCUGGAGACCCGGAACCCUGCCUGAAGCAAUAUUAUGUAUCGAUUAGACGGGAUAUCUAUGAGUUAGUUAAAUGGUCGCUCAAUUGGAGAUACACGGCGUUCGCAGUGCAAUUUUGUGGUUCCGACUACGAGCGCAUAAGCGAAGAUACGCCAUACUCAAUAGCGAGCGGUGAAGCUCUGGCGUGUUUGCUAUCACGUCAAAUCCAAUCCCUUUCCCAUAUCUUGGUCUGUCAACUUCAGCAGUCUAUGGAAGAUCUACGACACGAGCUUGCACCAAGGUGUAGGUUUUUCUCCAAAGACGAUGAUCUGGUUCAUCGGUAUCCGGUUAAUGCGGCCAAGAUGAAGCUUGUUCCUGUGGUUCAAAGGUGCGAACCAAAAAUGGAACCAAAAGAACUGUUUGAUUCGUACCAACGACCUCCGAACCACUCAAUUCAAAGGCUGAACUAUCACGAACGCACCUGUCCGAUUGGCUACCGCAGAGCAAGGGCACUUGAUAGUUACAUGUGUAUACGGUGUCCACAAGAUUCAUAUGCAGAUCUCGACACAGAGCUGACCAGUUGUCAAGGUUGUCCGCUGGCCAGGCCGUCGACGUAUUCAGGAGGUGCGGCCAGUUCUGCUAUGUGCUCUAAUGACCAGCUGAAUAAACUUCGAGGAGUAAGUUCAGCGCGAAAACCGACGAAGUGCCCAGCGAGUGACUUCUAUGGUCCGGAUCCUAAUUGGAAAGAACGCAUCGGCUUGGCCAUCUAUUGUGCAUUGUGCAAAAUUCCCAUGAUGAUUGGUUCUAUUGUGAUUCGGAUACGUCGCCGGAUACGGAAGGAGUACAUGCGAGCUCGCAAAAGCAUGCAGAGCACUAGACUCAGCACAGCCACCUCAACUAUCAGUCGCAAAUUGUCCAACAUGAUGCGGAAAAGAUAUGAGCAAAACCGUUUGCCCCCGUUGACGGAGGGUCAGAGAAACUUGAUCCAUCUGCUCACUAAAACCACCAUAGACCGAAUUGUUGAGGCAGCUGAACGAGAGUUGGCCAAAAAAAGGGAACGUGAACGACUGAUUGUCGAGGAGCAGCUUCGACGGCGUCAUGAGGCCGGAGAAGUGGAAGUCGAAGCACGAGAGGCAGAGCUGGCUGCAGAGGCUGCGCAACGAGAAGCCGAAGCCGCGGAACAACAAGUGAAAGAUGCCAAAGACGGCAGGGCCAAGACAGCCGCGCAACAAAAAGCGAAUCAAGCGAUGGCCCGGGCGGAGAAACUUCGAGCCGAAGCCACCAAUAUGCGAGAACUGGCUGUGCGCCGCCUCAGCGCUCUGAAAGAAAUCACGCCCCUGUCGCAAAUAAUGGAGCAAGAGAAGGAUUUACCAUCGCUCACACACCAGGACAAAAUAGCCGUGGAGAACGCAUCGAAGGAGUUGCGGCCGUAUCUAAGUCUACCUCGGUAUCACACACCAGAAUUCUUUCUGCUUCAUCCGAACAUGCAACGCCAAGCAGAAAUGAGGACCACAAUCUAUCCGGCACCUGAAAGAGACCGCCCUCAAGAUGGCUGA